AACCCCGGAAGUCCUGUGUGGUUUGAAUAGCGUACGGAAACAGGAGUGGGUCGCGUCCGAGUGGAAGUGGACGUGUGUUUGGGGUUUAUCCAAUAUUUGGAUAUAUUGAGUAGCGUGGAGAAAAUGAACCACAGCCGCAAGUGCGUCCUCUGUCAUCGGCUCGAUGAGACGAAGACAACUGGACCCUUAUCGAAGAAAGAGCAGGUCACUGCCCACCAGAACUGCCUGCUCUUUUCAUCGGGCAUUUUCUGCACCGACACGCCGCAGUUCGACGACCUGUUCGGCUUCUCUGUUGAACACGUCCAGGAGGAGGUGAAACGAGGAAGCAAACUGCUGUGUAAACGCUGCAAGAAGAAGGGGGCCACAGCGGGGUGUGAGGUGAAGCGCUGUAAGAAGACCUUCCACUACCCGUGUGCCAUGGAAGAGGGAGCCACGACAUUUGAGGAUAAUGUAAAUGGGAACUUUGGACUGUACUGCCGAAUGCACAGUGAUCCAGAGAAUCGCAAACCCAAAACGCCCCGACCCAAGAACCCCAAUAAAGCCGAAUCAACAAAGACUUAUUGCCUCACCUGUGAGAGGAAAGAAGGAAAUAUCAGCUUGGACAGUUUAUCUAACAGCAUUGUUAUGAUGUUCUGUGCCCAACACGCUCCUUCGUCACUGCAGACGAAAGCCAACGGAGAUCCUUCAGCUGCCAUGUGGUCGUCCUCAUGCAGUGACUCAUCAAGCAUAUCACUUACCAAGAGACAGCUGAGUUUUGAUGAACAGGAAGAAGACGGUGUGUCCAGGAACAAACCAGUAAAAAGGAGCAGGAUGUUGUCCAAUGAUUCUUCAAACACAGAUGAGGAGGGACUUAUGCCGCCUUUAGAGUCAGACUUUGAGGAAAGUGCGACAUUUGUGCAGGAGCAUGAAUCAGCUCUCCCUCCACUCAUCAGCAGGGAGUCAGAAAAACCUUCAUGUUCCUCAGCAGGGCUUCCGGUAGAGAAUAUGAAUUCAGACUUCAAUAACAACGAUGACUCAGUCAUACACUCUGAUGCGGAGUCCGAGAGUUUGCUGUCCCCGGUGGCGGACGGCGCCGAGUUUUACCCGGCUCCCUCACCUCGAUCCGUACCUGACGAGCGUCUGCAGGUUCAGCUGACGGAGACAGCGGUGCAGACAAUAAAAAGAGAAAAUCAAGAGUUCAGAGUCGAGCAGCACGAAGAACACGUCAACGGAUCGUCCGUCCCUCAUCAGAGCGCCGCCGCCCUCGGCCCUUACCCAGAGCGCUCCAGCAGCGCUCCGCCGUCCUCCAGCUCCAACUUCAUCGCAACUCCACCCAGAUCCGACUGUGCGACUAUUGUCUCGCGCCCGUCCCCGUCCCAUUCAUCCGCCCCAUGCCUGUUCCCUCCCCACACUCCUCCUCGCUCGGAGCCCUCCUCCACCCGAGCACCUCCCUCACCUGCCGUCGACGCGGCCAGCAUCUGGAGGAACUGCAACACGGCUGGAUGCACGCAGGCCAUCUUCACUGAGUUUAUUAGAGAAAUUAACAGCAUUUCCAGCAGAAUCCAGAGUGACCAGGCCAGCCAGGAGGAUUAUGACCGGGCGCUUUCAAUGAUGCUGGCUUCUGGAAGACUCACAGACCUCGUUACCAAGCAGCACGAAGAGUUGGAAAGGAGACAAGUGGAGCUGCAGCGUGCAUCGGCAUCUCUGAAGGAGGUCGUCUCCGCUCUGAGUCGUGCCACAGAGAGAAGCUACUUUUAAUCAGUGAUCUCCUGGUUUUAAUUUACAGUUUUACUCUUUAGUUUUUACAUUUUCAUAAGGAUAAGGAAAUUCAACUAACUGUGGUAAUAUCAGGCUUCCUAAUAUGUGAAAACAAUAUUUUUAAAUGUUCAUUUCUGGAAAGUUCCUUUUAUGUUCAGCUUAUUGAUUAAUUUAAUGUAUAACAAAUUUUUUUUUUCAUGUUUUAAUGCACUGUUGUUCAUUAUCAUGAGAUAAAAAUAUUCAACUACUGUGUUUAAAACUGAUUUUGUUUUUUUGUUUAUGUCCUGGAAGAUCACUGAGCCUUUUGCCUGUUUACAGAGACAUGUUCAGAGUUUGGUUUUAAAGAGUCUGAAAUGUCAAAACUCUUAACUUUAACACAGAGAUAUGCACAUGUUUGGUUACAAGUGUUUUUGAUAAAACUCUUUAAAUAUAUAUAUUUUAAAGUGUAAUUUGUGUGCUUUA